AUGAGCUCCCUCGACGAAGCCCCCGCGUCUGACAACGGCGCGCUGGCCAAGGAGCUCAAUGCGCUCGUGGAGAGCACCAACUUCGACGACAAGAUCUGCCUCGAGGACUUCACGCUCAUCCGCGUGAUCGGUAAGGGCUCGUUCGGCAAGGUAACGCUCGUGCGCAAGAAGAACAACAGCAAAGUCUUCGCCAUGAAGAUCCUGACCAAGUCCCACUUGCUCAAGCGAAAGCAGGUGGAGCACACCAAGACUGAGCGUCGUGUGCUCAGUGUGGCCAGUCACCCGUUUAUCGUGGGGCUGCACUACGCUUUCCAAACCGAGGCCAAGCUCUACUUCGUGCUCGACUACUGUCCCGGUGGAGAGCUCUUCUUCCACCUCUCACGUAUGGGCAAGUUCGACGAGGAGAUGGCGCGCUUUUACGCCGCAGAACUCGUGGUCGCACUCGAGCACCUGCACUCUCUGGGUGUCGUUUAUCGCGAUCUCAAACCCGAGAACAUUCUGCUGGACGAGAUGGGCCACAUCAAGCUGGCAGACUUCGGACUGGCCAAGGACGAGGUUACUGAGAUUGACAGCGGCGCCACGUCGCUAUGCGGUACACCCGAGUACCUGGCACCGGAAGUAUUGGCUCGCAAAGGCCAUGGCACAGCUGUGGACUGGUGGGGACUGGGCAUGGUGCUGUACGAGAUGCUAACGGGUCUGCCGCCUUGGUACACUCGCAAUCGACAAGAACUGUUCGCUCGCAUCCGUGAGGCUCCACUGGAGAUCCCGACGUAUCUGAGUCGUGACGCGGCUUCGCUGAUUCAGUCGCUGCUGCAUCGCGAGCCCGAGAAGCGUCUGGGCAGUCGCGGUGCUAGCGAUGUCAAGGCACACCGUUUCUUCCGCUCAGUGGACUGGGACGGCCUGUUGUGGGCCGAGCCGCCCUUCAAGCCGUCAGACCCGCAGUCUAAGGAGGAGGGAGACACAUCCAACUUCGACAAGGAGUUCACGGAGUUGCCCGUUAGUGGCACACCUUUGAGUAGAUCGGCGGGCGGCUCUGGUCUACCGAAGAGCAUGUUCACAGGCUUUACAUACGAGGCGCCGACGCUGUCGUACGGUUCCAACACAUCCCAAUCGAAGGUCGAUGUGUCCUCCACCCCGUAUAUUUAG